AGCAAGCUGCCUUCAGUCUUUUGCAUGAUAAUAAUAAUAAUAAGGAAAAGAAAAAUGGUGGUACAGAGGGUUUUAGCAUCUACGCUCUGCAAAGCUCACCAGCUCAGAUAUUUAUUUACUCCUUUCUUUUCCGAUUCACUUACUUACAGAACCACCAGUUUGUUCCAUAUCAUAUGCAAGGUAUUUUCUCAGGCACCUGCAUUUAGGCCAGUCUAUGUUCUCGAAGGGCCUCACAUAGGUGGACACCGGUGGAUUCACUUUGGUCCAACUCUGACUGACAUUGACAAAGAUGGGGAGCCACCCCCCCUUUCUGGACAAAGUACCAUGGUCGAAGGUUCUGGCUGUGCUAAAGUGAAGAGGAAAAAGUUAAAAGGAAAACGGGCAGUUGUAAGGUGGCUAAAAUUCUUCAGAUGGAAAAAGAAGAAAGAAUAUGAAAGAAUGACAGCAGAAGAAAAACUUUUAUACAAGUUGAAGAAGGCUCAAAAGAAAGAGGAAAGGUAUGUUCAAGCUUUAAAGAAGAUUGAACCUGUGGAUUCAUCAGAAACAACUCAUGAUCCAGAGAUAUUGACUCCAGAAGAGCACUUCUUCUUCUUAAAGAUGGGCCUCAAGUGCAAGAAUUAUGUGCCAGUUGGAAGGCGGGGAAUAUACCAAGGUGUAAUUCUUAACAUGCACCUGCACUGGAAGAAACAUCAAACUGUACAGGUGGUGGUGAAGACAUUCUCACCAGAGGAGGUCAAGGAGAUUGCUGCUGAGCUAGCACGUUUAACUGGAGGAAUCGUGCUAGACAUUCAUGAAGAGAACACGAUAAUCAUGUACAGAGGGAAGAAUUAUUCCCAGCCACCAACAGAGAUAAUGUCACCCAGGAUAACUCUUUCUAGAAAGAAGGCUUUGGAUAAAUCAAAGUACAGGGAUGGUCUUAGGGCAGUCAGGAACUAUAUUCCUAGACUGGAACAGGACCUUGAGCUGCUUAAAGUACAGAGCAUGGGGAAAGCUGAAUGUGGUUCUGCUUCUGCUGAAGAAACUUUGUAUACUGAUGAUGGUGCAGAAUCCGGGGGCGUGCCAAGCACUCCUUUGGAGAAUUCAGAAAAGUUAAAAAAAAUUACAGAUGGGCAAGAAGAAUGCUCUGAGGAGGAAUCUCCUAUGGAUUUGGGAAUGCUAUCCGAUUCAGAAGAUCUAUCAGACAUUUUUGAGACGGACUCUGAUACAGAAACUGAGGAUAAAGUAAAACGUCCUCUUUAUUUGGAAGAGUUCAAGAAGUUUCCUAUUCAAGGUAAUGAAGAACCUGAAGACUUUGAGGAGCACUUGCGCCAACUAUCUGUGGACUCAAGAAAAGUUGAGUCAUCUGAAAAAGAUUCUGACAUACCCUCCUUCGACGAGGUUGACCGCUUGUUUCUUCGUGCUGCUUCUCUUUUAAAGAAAAAGAAGAGAUAGGAGAUGUAAAAAAAGUUAAAAUGUUGAAUAGACAUUUUUUCAAUUUCUAUUUUCUUUGCUAUUCAUAUGAUUAGCAUUGAGGUGCUAUUAUGCCAACAAGCUCUUAUAACUCUAAGAGACUCCUAAUUUAUUCUUUUUUCUCUAAAGUCUUUUAAAAGAA